AAAAAAAGCUGUAAAAAUAAAUCUGCAUUGUUAAUCCUUUCGAUCUUUUAUUCUGUAAAUUCACAAAAAUCUAACCCUUCAUUGAAGUAAAUAAAUUAAAAGUGGGGGGAAAUCAAGAUAAGAAAAUGUUUCUCCAAAACAUGUUGGCCACAGUUAUUAAGAGCUAUGUUUGCUUCUAAAUUAAGGACAUUUUAUAAAGAAGUUUAUUGAACAUAUUGGGAAAUAUACAGUAAAUAUGCAUUCUUCCACAACCGAAGUGUUAGUCAAAAUAAUGGCAAUAAUACAAACUGUUCACAUUGAACAUUUGUAACCUAAUGUUGGUUUUCAACAUAAGAGACACCAAAUUUGACUUUUUUCCCAGGUGAUCGUUAAUAUACAGCAUAUGUCUGAAGUUCCCAAUGACACUUUUCAACAUAUUGUAAUUACAACCCUUUCCCCAGAAGCGGUGAAGUGUUGGGUCUAUGACACCGUGGCACAGGUGAGGGAGGGUGGUGCUAAGCAGGCUGUAUCCUAUCAGUGACAGGGGGAUAUCUUUGGAGAUGUUUGGCUGGUUCAGGCAGUUAUAGGCCCCAUGACCCCCUUGGUAAAACAACGGGUUCAUUCUUUGCUCCGCUGCUGACCUCAUUGUCUCUUUGUGAAGUGAAAAUCCAGAGUUGCAUUCUGCUCAAUGGUCCGACAGCUGCUGGUGUGUGUAGCAUCUCUGCUGUGAUGGAGGUGAGUGGAUGAGAGAGAGUCCGAGCAGCUGCCGCCAGGAAACCCCUGGAUCCAAAUGACCAAAACAUGAGUCUCAGUAGAGAUGCUGUGGCAGUGAUUGAGAAUCCUGUGGUGGUCAGUCAGUCUUUGCACACAGAGCAUCUACAGGUGGACAUGAUUGAGACGGGACAGAAUGAUCCCACCUGGCACAGAGAACUGCAGUUUCUCCAUCCAGUGUCUGGCAAAGUGUCAGCCCAUAAACUGGUGAGAGUGUUUGCAGCUCUGUGUGUACUGUGUCUGCUGGGAGGUGUUGUCAUUGGAGUUUGGUUCAUAGUGAAAAUUCUCUUAAGGCCUAAUUCAGCUCAGAGCCCUGCCAGCCUGGGAGACGCCAAAGACACGUCCUUCUGCAACAUAACCGAGGACAUCUCUGUGACAGACCCCAGGAAAGUGUUUUACAGGAUCAGUGUGGAGAACUCUCUUCUGGAGAUCCAGCUGGAGAAGCUACAGACGUGGCUGCCCGUAUGUUACGAGAGGUGGAACUCUUCUCUGGGAACGCUCGUAUGUCGACAGCUGGGCUAUCUGAGAUUAUCGAAGCACAAAGGGGUUAAUCUGACUGAUAUUGGGCCGAACUACACUGAUGGAUUUGUCCAAAUCACCUCAGAAAACCAAAGUAAUUUGGAGAGUUUAUGGCGUUUCAGAGGAAGCUGUAGUACAGGAAAGGUUAUAGCAUUAAAAUGUUUUGAGUGUGGGACCAGAGCAAAGUUACCCAGGAUUAUUGGAGGAGUGGAAGCCACUCUGGGCAGAUGGCCUUGGCAAGUGAGUCUCUACUACAGCAACCGCCACAUCUGCGGAGGAUCCAUUAUCACCCACCAGUGGAUAGUUACAGCUGCUCAUUGUGUCCACAACUACAGGCUACCUCAAGUGUCCAGUUGGGUGGUUUAUGCUGGCAUUAUAACCAGUAAUUCAGCUAAACUGGCUGAAUACCAAGGCUUUGCUGUGGAGAGGAUCAUCUACAACAAGAAUUACAACCACAGGACUCAUGACAAUGAUAUCGCUUUGGUUAAAUUAAGAACUCCUUUGAACUUCUCAGACACCAUCAGACCUGUGUGUCUUCCGCAGUAUGACCAUGAUCUCCCAGGUGGGACCCAGUGCUGGAUCUCUGGUUGGGGAUAUACACAGCCAGAUGACGUUCAUAUACCAGAGGUUCUCAAAGAGGCACCUGUACCUUUAAUAAGUACAAAGAAAUGCAAUAGCUCUUGCAUGUACAAUGGAGAGAUCACUCCUCGAAUGCUUUGUGCAGGUUAUACAGAGGGAAAAGUAGAUGCAUGUCAGGGGGACAGUGGAGGCCCUCUGGUUUGCCAGGAUGAAAAUGUUUGGAGGCUGGUUGGUGUUGUUAGCUGGGGAACAGGCUGUGCUGAGCCAAACCAUCCAGGGGUUUAUACCAAAGUGGCUGAGUUUUUAGGGUGGAUAUAUGAGAUUAUAGAGAGCUACUAAAGACUGAUGUUUGAAGAGAAGAAUAUCCUGACCUGUGGCCUUUUUAUUUUAUUUAUUAUAUUUUAUUAUGUAACACCUCAA